AAGGAGCCCCGACAUCACCAAGGGCUCGGUGCCGAAAUCUGAGCACAUCCUCAGGAUAGAGGACCAUGAUUUCACAAUGCGGCCUGGUUUUGGAGGCCCAGCUGUUCCUGUGGGUGUGGAUGUACAAGUUGAAAGCCUGGACACUAUCUCUGAAGUGGAUAUGGACUUCACCAUGACUCUGUACCUGAGGCACUAUUGGAAAGACGAGCGCCUGUCCUACGCAGGAAAGACCAACCAGAGCAUGACUUUCGAUAGCCGGUUAGUAAAGAAGAUCUGGGUCCCUGACAUGUUCUUCGUCCACUCCAAACGCUCCUUCAUCCACGAUACGACAACGGACAACGUCAUGCUCAGGGUUUAUCCCGAUGGCAAAGUACUCUACAGCGUCAGGGUCACGGUCACAGCUAUGUGUAACAUGGACCUCAGCCACUUUCCUCUUGACACUCAAACAUGCUCGCUGGAGAUCGAAAGCUACGCGUACACAGACGAUGAUCUGAUGCUGUACUGGAAGAAAGGGAACGACUCGCUGAAGACAGAUGACAAGAUCUCACUCUCUCAGUUCCUCAUUCAGGAGUUUCACACCACCACCAAACUGGCUUUCUACAGCAGCACAGGUUGGUACAACCGCCUGUACAUCACCUUCACCCUGAGACGUCACAUUUUCUUCUUCCUGCUGCAGACCUACUUUCCCGCCACUCUGAUGGUCAUGCUGUCCUGGGUGUCCUUCUGGAUCGACCGCCGUGCCGUCCCUGCCAGGGUCCCUCUUGGCAUCACCACGGUGCUCACCAUGUCCACCAUCAUCACAGGUGUAAAUGCGUCCAUGCCCAGAGUGUCCUAUAUCAAAGCCGUAGACAUUUACCUCUGGGUCAGCUUCGUCUUCGUCUUCCUUUCCGUCAUCGAGUACGCGGCUGUCAACUACCUGUCCACUCUGCAGGAGCGCAGAGAGAGGAAGCUCAGAGAGAGGCUGCCGUGCACAUGCGGGAUGUCUCACGCAGGCCACGUGAUGAUGAGCAGCAGCUACAGCGAGAUGGACACCAUGACUACAGGUCAUUACGGCGUGUCCGAGGUGAACGGAGACAAGCGCGAGCACAUGCUGGUGCAGUUGGCCAUGGACAAGGAGCGUGGCGCUAACAGCCGAGUCGGAAAGUCCCGCCCCUACGUCAGCCUCUGGAUCGACACGCACGCCAUAGACAAGUACUCGCGUGUGAUCUUUCCCGGAGCUUACACUCUCUUCAACAUCAUAUACUGGUCCAUUUAUUCCUAACAGCCGCUGCUGCUGCUGCUUCUACCGGAGACGACAUCCAGAUAGUGUUAUCACGAUGGAGAUACACUCCAGCCUGUUCAGUCUGCUCCAACAGCUGCUGGUCCUGAUAACCCCAGUCAUCUGGAACAGAGAUGUUACUGAAUAUGAGGUCCUAUUCUGACAUGAACAGAUAUACAUUUAUGCAUUGAAAAUAUAAAUAGCAG